AUGUCUGUCCGCUUUGCUCCACCAGGCGUGCUGGUGGCGGUGAGCUCGAACGUGUCACUGGUGUCGGGUGGGUCGGCGGCGCAUCUGGCGACACCGUCGCGGCGAUCGGUCUUUGCCAACGUCCGGAAGCAGGGUGCCGAGUAUCAUGCGGCACCGGCGGUGGCGCGGCGGCUGGCUUCGAUCACGGGCUCGCUGGCCUCGGUGGCGGCGGUGGCGCCGAGCCAGUCGGAUGGGCUGGCGGUGGAUGUGCUGGCUGUGGGGACGGCGGCUGGCGCCCCGCUUCCGGGAUCGGUGGUCGGCCCGGCGAGCGUCGCUGUUGCUCACGCUUUGCGCAUUGCCCGCGUCUCCGAGGUUCUAGAUCUGGGCGGUCUCUCACUCGGCGCUGUUCCGCGGCAGGCAGCCACACUCGACUAUCUGCGCGAGCUGGACCUCUCGACCAACGGCUUGCACGAGCUCGAUCCUGCGCUGAGCAGACUCGCGCUCCUUGUCUCGCUCAACGUUGAGGACAACGAGCUGACCGAGCUCCCUCCUUGGCUCGCCGAGCUCCCGGAGCUCACCACGCUCAUUGCGUCGCACAACAAGCUGACGGAUGUCGACGCGGUUGUUGCGGCUACCUCGCUUGAGUUGCUCUUCCUCUCGGGUAACAUGCUCGAGGACCUGCCGUACAAUAUUGACAAACUUGUCCGUCUCCGCGAGCUGGUGGUCGACAGCCAGGCCCGACCGGUCGACGACUGCACCGAGGCCGAUGGCUCGUUGUCGCCGCCGUUGUCGCGGGCCUCAUUUGUGGGCGCUGUGCGGAGCACCGACUCGAUGCGCUUGCCGGACAGCGGCGGGAGUAGCGGUGACGUGCCGCGGUUCACGCUCUCGCGCGGGCUCUCGGCCCUUCUCCGCAUCGACGACGAUGAUCUCGAGGAGGGCGAGGGCGGCGGGCGGCGGAUGGUGACUACGCUGCGCGAAGUUGCAGCGCGGGCCAAGACGUUGACUCAGUUCAAAGACGAGUCCGAGUUUGACCGCCUUGCCUGGGCUCCGACGCUCACCUUUGUCCCGCGGGCGGUGCUCGGGCUCACCUCGCUCGAGGUCCUCCUCAUCCACAACAACGGCAUCCGCAAGGUCCCCGAGGGCCUCCCGCUCCUUCCGGCACUACGGACGCUCCGCAUCGAUGGCAACCCACUGACUGCCAUCCCGCCCGCGCUCCUCCACCCGCGGUGGCACUCGCCGCUUGCCGCCACCGCCAUGCUCCAUCUCUCACACAUCGGCCUGCAGCGGCUGCCUGACGCGUUUGGCGCGCUCACUCGGCUCACGCACCUGUACCUCAACGACAACGCGCUCAAUGCGCUUCCGGCCUCGCUCCGCACCCUCGCGUCGCUCACUGUUCUCGACGUGGCCAACAACGCACUGGCGAUGUUUCCGGAGGAGAUCCUCCCGCUUGCUGCGACGCUGACGGCACUCGAUCUCUCGGGCAACCCGUUGAGCACCGGGCAUAGAGCGCAGGUCGAGCGGCGGGUGCUGCCAGCCGAGCCGCGCGACCUGCCGCCCACGCCCAAGUCGCCCGGCACGCCGGCUAGCCGGGCGUCGUGCGCGUCGUACCAGUCGUCGCGCGAUUCAGAUGACGAGCCGCCGACGCCAUCGUCGCCGUUUCUUCCGCACUCACCGUCGACGCCUGCCCGCCCGCCGCCGACCGAGGCUGUUGCCAUUGUGCCGCAGUUCCGCACAGGCCUGGUCAAGGUCCGGCUGUCGUCGUUUUCGCCUCAGGCGGCGCUCCUCACCAAGGCGCGGCGGCUACGGGCGCAGUCGGUGCUCAAAAAGGCGCAGCCGGCCAAGACCUUUUCGCUCCGCAUCGGGGAGCUCAGCGUGCUGCGAAGCCUCUCGCUCUCACAGUGCGGGCUUGACGCCGUCCCCCACGGCAUCUUCCGGCUUGUGAGUCUCGAGUACCUCGACCUCUCGCACAACGACUUUCGCGAUGUGCCACCAAUGCUGGUCUGCCUCCAGCGGCUGAUCUGCCUCGAUCUUUCAUUCUGCCCCGUGCUCCGGACGCUCCCGCAGCAGCUUGCCCAUAUCGCCUCGCUCCGGCGGCUGCGACUUGAUGGGACGCACAGCGUCGAAUCGCCGCCCAACCACAUCGUGGUCCAGGGCGGCAAAGCCGUGCUCCAGCACAUGCGGCAGCGCGAGGCACGUCGUUCCGGCGGCACGCGAGGGUUUGGGGCGAGCACAGACAUUAGAUAAAACACAAUGAUAGUGA